UAAGUUACUGUACAGUGACAUGCACCAAAACAAAACCAACCCUUUCAAGCGGCGUCGUCGCGUGUUAAAACAAGGGUACCGUCCUCGCCACGUGUCUCUCAUCCAUAAUAUAUGACAUAAAUGUGUUUUUUCCCUAAUUUCCCCCCACUUUUUUUUUUAUAACUCAAAUUGAAAUAUGUAUUUACGCCAUCGCGUCACUUAUGUAAUCAUAUAUAAAAAAAAUAUAUAAAAAACACACACACAUAUAUGUAUAUGAAAAAAUUUCGCAUUGCCUUUGGUCAUAAGGCCCACCAUUGCCCUACUUUAUUAUUUGUUGAUUUACAGAAAUCUAAAACAUUAAUUAUGAAAAUAUUUAAAAAAGGAAAGAAACAAUAUAUGCGCAAAAUAUUUACUAAUUAAUCCCAGAAAUUUUAUUACCUUACCAUGUCAUCGUCGUCAACUCUCCCUUAUAUAGUAGACUACACCAUCUUCAUUUCAUCACACAACACACACACGCACACAAAAAAGACUAUCUAAAUCCCUUACAAAGUUUGUUUUUUUCAUCAUCGUGAAUAUGUCGCCGACGGAGAUGACAGAAGAGAAGAUACCGGCGGCCGGAGGUAGGGCUUACGUCACGUUUUUGGCGGGAGACAAGGACUAUUGGAUGGGAGUGGUGGGUCUUGCGAAGGGUUUGAGGAGGGCGAGGUCGGCGUAUCCACUCGUCGUGGCCGUGCUGCCGGACCUGCCGGAGGAGCACCGCCGUAUCCUGGUGGAUCAGGGAUGCUUAGUCCGUGAGAUCGAGCCGGUUUACCCGCCGGAAAACCAGACUCAGUUCGCCAUGGCUUAUUACGUCAUCAACUACUCCAAGCUUCGUAUCUGGGAGUUCGUGGAGUACGAGAAGAUGAUAUACCUCGACGGAGACAUACAAGUGAUGGAGAACAUCGACCAUCUCUUCGACAAUCCGUCGGGACACUUGUACGCAGUGAUGGACUGCUUCUGCGAGAAGACGUGGUCACACACUCCUCAAUACAAGAUCGGAUUCUGCCAACAGUCGCCGGAAAAGGUAACGUGGCCGGCGGACCUACUCGGCCCUCCGCCGCGUUACUUCAACGCCGGCAUGCUCGUCUUCGAACCCAACCUCGUCGUCUACGAGGACCUCCUCCGUACACUUGAUGUCACUGCUCCCACCUCUUUCGCCGAACAGGAUUUUCUGAACAUGUACUUCAAAGACAUAUACAAGCCGAUACCGUUGACUUACAACCUCGUACUCGCCAUGCUUUGGCGCCACCCCGAGUGCGUUGACCUUGACAAAGUCAAAGUCGUCCAUUACUGUGCCGCUGGAUCGAAGCCGUGGAGAUACACGGGGGAGGAAAAUCACAUGGACCGAGACGACGUGAAGAUGUUGGUGAAGAAAUGGUGGGAAAUAUACGAAGACGCUUCGUUGGACUACAAGAACUGUGUCGACGAGAUCGCUGAGUCGGAGACCGAGUCGAAGCUCAAUCCCCUCAUCGCCACCUUGGCCGUCAACGAUGCCGACGGUGGCUGUCUUGCUCCCUCCGCCGCAUGAUCCGCCGGAGCAAAAGCCAUAUAUGAAUGUUUUAGCUAUAUAUAUAUAUAUGGCAUAUUAUUAGUCUAUAUAUAUAUAUAUACAUAUAGUGCUACUCUUUUCCACUAUAUGUAUGCCGGUUCCACAUUUUGUUUUGGUGGGUUUUCUGUUUUUCAAGAGUUUGGUGUAAUUUGGGAUUGUGAGAUAUUAUAGUUGACGGUCUUGUGUUAUGUUCUGAUAUUAUGACAACCUUGACCGCUGCUCUUGUCCUGGAUCUAAUAAUUAAGCAUGUUUUUAUUCUUUUUAA